ACCUGGCGGGGUAAGGGCUACUUUCAUGGCAUUGGCCUGGGGUCGCCAAACCCAUCCCUCCCCCGUACCACUGCGGCGGGGUUUCCUUGUGGAGUCCCCGGGACCGCCAGGGCCCAGUCACGCCGCCCUCGCACCUGGGGCCCCUCCCCCGUCCACCGCGCGGCCCCCGCCCCCGUUCCUCCUCCUCGGUCUCCUCCAGUCUCCCCAUUUUCCUGUCUCCCCUCUUCCUCCCUCUGCCUCUAGCCCUCCUUUCUCUUUCUCCUGCCUCCCUGUAACCUGCGCCCUCUCCUUUCUCUCCUCAGGUCCCAUCUCCCUCCCGUUCUCCGCGCUCCCACCCCUCCCCCGCUCGAGCCCUUUGUUUCCCGGCGGAGUAUUUCCUGGGUUGCUGAGCGUCUCUGUCUCUGCAUCUCUCCUCGCCCCGCCUCCUCCAAGCCUGGAUCCGCCCCGCCCGCAGUCUCUCCUCCCCUUCCUCCCCGCCGCCCCUCAUCCCCAUAGGUGCCUGGGGACCCAUCUUCUACCCAGCUCCGGUCAGCUACCCUCUCCCGGCCCGGUCGCGGGCUCCCCGGGUGGCCGGCGCCCCCCGCCGCCACCCCCGCCUGCUUCCCUGGGAGGGGGGGUCAGGUGGGCGGGCACUAUUGUUGUAGGAGCCGGCGCCAGAUUCCUCAGCCGCGCUUGGGGUGGGACCGGCAGGGUUUAGGGGGGUGGGGUGGGGGGAGCGGUGAUUUGAGCUCCGAGCAGCUGGUCUUCGCGGCUCGCUCCCUCCUUCGCGCUCUCUCGCUCUCCGCCGCCUCCCGCAGGGCUGCGGGGCUUGGUGGCAUCUCUCGGGCGCGGCCCGCUGUCCUCGCCCCUGCCUCCGGGCCGCUCCCGCCCCCGGCGCCGCUCGCUUCCCCCCACCCGGACUCCCCCAUGUAUGACGACUCCUACGUGCCCGGGUUUGAGGACUCGGAGGCGGGUUCAGCUGACUCCUAUACCAGCCGCCCAUCUCUGGACUCAGACGUCUCCCUGGAGGAGGACCGGGAGAGUGCCCGGCGUGAGGUGGAGAGCCAGGCUCAGCAGCAGCUUGAAAGGGCCAAGCACAAACCCGUGGCAUUUGCUGUGAGGACCAAUGUCAGCUACUGUGGUGUACUGGACGAGGAGUGCCCAGUCCAGGGCUCUGGAGUCAACUUUGAGGCCAAAGAUUUUCUGCACAUUAAAGAGAAGUACAGCAACGACUGGUGGAUCGGGCGGCUAGUGAAAGAGGGCGGAGACAUCGCCUUCAUCCCCAGCCCCCAGCGCCUGGAGAGCAUCCGGCUCAAGCAGGAGCAGAAGGCCAGGAGAUCUGGGAACCCCUCCAGCCUGAGUGACAUUGGCAACCGACGCUCCCCUCCUCCAUCUCUAGCCAAGCAGAAGCAAAAGCAGGCAGAACAUGUUCCCCCGUAUGAUGUGGUGCCCUCCAUGCGGCCUGUAGUACUGGUGGGACCCUCUCUGAAAGGUUAUGAGGUCACAGACAUGAUGCAGAAGGCUCUCUUCGACUUCCUCAAACAUAGGUUUGACGGCAGGAUCUCCAUCACCCGAGUCACAGCUGACCUCUCACUGGCAAAGAGAUCUGUGCUCAACAAUCCUGGCAAGAGGACCAUCAUUGAGCGUUCCUCUGCCCGCUCCAGCAUUGCUGAAGUACAAAGUGAGAUCGAGCGCAUAUUCGAGUUGGCCAAGUCCCUGCAGCUAGUAGUGUUGGAUGCUGACACCAUCAACCACCCAGCACAGCUAGCCAAGACCUCAUUGGCCCCCAUCAUCGUCUUUGUUAAAGUAUCUUCACCAAAAGUACUCCAGCGUCUCAUCCGCUCCAGGGGAAAGUCACAGAUGAAGCACCUGACAGUACAGAUGAUGGCAUAUGACAAGCUGGUUCAGUGCCCACCAGAGUCAUUUGAUGUGAUUCUGGAUGAGAACCAGCUAGAGGAUGCCUGUGAGCACCUGGCUGAGUACCUGGAGGUUUACUGGCGGGCCACCCACCACCCAGCCCCUGGCCCUGGACUUCUGGGCCCUCCCAGUGCCAUCCCUGGACUUCAGAACCAGCAGCUGCUGGGGGAGCGUGGCGAUGAGCAUUCACCCCUCGAGCGGGACAGCUUGAUGCCCUCAGAUGAGGCCAGCGAGAGCUCCCGCCAAGCCUGGACAGGAUCUUCGCAGCGUAGCUCCCGCCACCUGGAGGAGGACUAUGCAGACGCCUACCAGGACCUGUACCAGCCUCACCGCCAACACACCUCGGGGCUGCCUAGUGCUAAUGGGCACGACCCCCAAGACCGGCUCCUAGCCCAGGACUCGGAGCACAACCACAAUGACCGGAACUGGCAGCGCAACCGGCCCUGGCCCAAAGAUAGCUACUGACAGCCUCCUCUUGCCCUACCCUGGCAGGCACAGGCACAGUUGGCUGGGGCAGUCCCUUCAGGCAGGCUGGAGUUAGACUGGCAUUAGGCUGUCCCUAGGCUCAGCCCCCAAAACCCCCUGCCCAGCCCCAGCUCCAAGGCUGCCUGUGGUCCCCAAGGUUCUGGGAGAAGCAGGGGGCCCCCUCACCUCCUGGGCACAGUGACCCCCCCCUAGGCUCCCAUUCCAGGUACUAGUUGUGUAUGCUGCACCCCUGGCACCUUCCUCUCCUGCACAAGAAGCUGCCUCACUGGGCAGUGCCCUCAGGCCAGGAUCCCCUUAGCAGGGGCCUUCCCACCAGACUCAGGGAAGAGAUGCCCCCUCAAAGUGACAAGAGGGUGGGGGUGUGAGCAGCAUGGCAUGAGGAAGAAACAAGGUCCCUGAGCAGGCACAAGUCCUAACAGUCAAGGGACUCAGGGGUUGUGCUUUGGGGUCUGAGGGCCUCCAUUCACCUCACUGCCACACAUUAGAAAUGAGACAAUCAAAGCCCGACAGGGUGGCACUCCCACCCAUCAGCUGGGGUAGGGCAUGCACACACAAGGCUCUGGAGCAGCAGGUAGGCUCAGCUGGGGCCAGACGCCUCACAGCUGAAGCUCUUGAAGGGAAGGGCUCUCCUCACCCUGCCAGGAAGCUUCUUAACAUCUGACAGGACCAGAGACCAGAAGCAUGGUCAAGCACAAUGGUGGACGGGAGCCAACCUGGAUUGGGGGUUUGGGAAGGGAGAGCGUGUGUAGCAGAGGAUGUAUGGAACAGCUUCAGGGGCCUCCCCGCCCCCCUCAUUCUUUUGCUCUUGCAUCCUGACAUUUCUGUUCUUGGCCCUCAUGCCUCCAGGGGGGGUACGGGCCCCAGACUUUAUUCCCUGAUUCAUUGCUGCUGCUUGUUAAGUUAGGGUUAGAUGGGGACAGACAGGAUGCAGUGACAGCCCCCAGAGGCCCUGUCUACCUGGCUACCCUUGCCUUAUGGCUCUAGUUUGUGACCUACAGAGCAUGCUCCACAAGACCCUGCCCCACUUCACUGUCAUCACUAAUAAACACCAUGCACAGUC